CAUGACGGCGCCAGUGACAGCUGUGAGCCGCGUCCCUCCGUUCUCCAGCCGCGUCAUGUAACGUGCUCCUCAGAACGGCCUCUUCCCCCCCCCCCUGCCAGCCUGCUUCAGCCGCUCCCUCGCUCGCUCGCCCAGGGCUGGAGCAAGCCGACGGGCGGACACUCGUGCGGUGACAGACGUACGGGCGAGAGGAGGAGGUGGUGGUGGCGGUGGUGGUGGCGGUGGUGCCGCCGCCAUGUUUUCCAAAAAGCCUCACGCGGGCGACGUGAAGAAGUCGAUGCAGAAAAUUCUGGACCCCAAGAAGGAUGUCCUCACUCGCCUCAAGCACCUGAGGACCGUCAUAGACACCGCGGACCAAGGUGAACUCAAGCAGUUCUUGGAGUUCAACUACUCGCACGUCUACUACGUGUUCUUUGAGAAUUUCGUCAGCAUUGAGGCCAGCCUCAAGCAGAAGGGUCACAAGUCUCAGAGGGAAGAGUUGGAAUCAAUUCUCUUUAUCUUCGAGAAAAUUCUCCAGCAGCUGCCCGAGAGGAUCCACAACAGAUGGCAGUUCCACAGUAUAGGGCUCAUUUUAAAGAAACUGCUUCAUUCUGGAAACUCUCUUAAACUGCGACGUGAAGGGGUGCGGCUCUUCCUGCUGUGGAUCCAGGCUCUUCAGGGAAACUGCUCGGAGGAGCAGAGGCUGAUCUUCGCCUGCCUCAUACCCGGAUUUCCCCUGCCCCUGUCCGAGCACGGCCCCCGCUCUCUGGAGACCCUCAUCAACCCUCCGCUCGCCCUGCAAGAGGGCACAGCCCAAGUUAUUCCGGAAGAGAUAACGCCACUCAUUCCACCACAGUCAUCUGACAAAGCUCAGGAAGAUCCCACAAUCUACUUCUUGGAUGCACUGUUAAAGUACAUGGUGAACCAGGCCAAGAGCUUGGAGUGGAGGGACAAGGAAAAUCAGGAGAGGGGAUUCGCAUUCCUCUUUGUAAACUUCAAAAACUUCUACUUGCCUUACAUCUUCCCCGGCUUCUCGUGGGAAAUCAGCUUGUAUCACCCGGUCAUCGACAUCCCCCAGUGGAGGUCGAAGCCUCACUAUGUCCUCAUCGGCAAGGACGCCGAGACCAACCACGCCAUCUACUGCACCAAGGAGCCCUUCCUGGCGGCGCGCGUCUCCGUCGUCAAGUGGCUCGUCGCCUUCUGGCUCGAGUCCAAGCCCAUCGCCAUCCCCAAGCUGCCCGGCGUCGACGGGGAGGACGUGCCAAAGAACAUUCAGCGAGCAGCGGCGGGCUACGCGAUCGCGGAGGAGCAGCGGGUGUGCGUUAGCGAGACGCGCGACAGCGUGAUGGGGGGAGGAGGAGGAGGGACAGGCGGGAACGGUGGUGGCUGUGGCGGCGUUGGUGGCGGUGGCGGUAGCGGCCCCGGGGUAGCGAUGGCGCUCAGUGCCGGCGGCGGCGGCGGCGGUGGAGGUGGCGGCGGCGGCGCGGGUAGCGGCUCCCAGCCCGAGGGGCAGGAGCAGCAGUCGCACUCGAACACGAGCACGCUGACGGAGCGCGAGCCCAGCACCUCCAGCCUGUGCAGCGUGGACGAGGAGCACCUGUCGGACGCCGAGAUCGCGCGCAAGGUCUUCCACUCGUCGCGCGAGAACGUCAACUUCGUCAUCGAAGUCUUCCGCCAGGCUUUCCUGUUGCCCAUCUGCGAGGCGGCAGCCAUCCGCAAGGUGGUGCGCGUGUACCAGGAGUGGAUCCAGCAGGGGGAGCGGCCGCUCUUCAUGAAGGAGCCCGAGGAGGCGCCGCCUCCUCACCUUCGCCCGCCGUCGGCCAGCGGCGCCAAGGCCAGGAAGGCGGAGAGCGACAGCAACGGAGCCGAGAGAAAACUGCCGUCGAGUAAAAGUGGCGCAGGACACGCGCGCACUCCCAGCUGGACCCGGAACUCCUCCUACGAGGAUGCCAUCAACAAAGCGUCGGAGAUGGACGACGGCAACAAGAGCCUCUAUGCGGGGGUGCAGGCCACCUUGCAGGUGUUUCUGACCACGUCGGUUAACGUCUUCCUGCUGGAACCCAGCAAUGACAUCCCCAAGCUUCUGGACGAGCACGUGGACAUGUGCAAACGAGUGCUGAACAUCUACCGGCACAUGGUGAUGAACACGUCCAUGAACAAGCAAACUUGGGAGCAACUCCUCUUGGUUCUUUUGAGGAUCGCGGAAACGGUUUUCAGGAAGCUUCCGCAGCAAGCCAAAUAUAGGACGUUAGCUGGAAAGCUGGCCGGACCAAUAUUCCAGACGCUGAUCGUCGCUUGGAUCAAGGCGAGCCUGAACGUGCUCAUCACGCGCGAGCUCUGGGACGAGCUCCUGUCGGUGCUGUCGGCGCUCACCCUCUGGGAGGAGCUGAUCACCGAGUGGGCCAAGACGAUGGAGACGCUCACCAAGGUGCUGGCGCGCCACGUCUACUCGCUGGAGCUCGGCGACCUGCCCCUCGACAAGCUCAGCGAGCAGAAGCAGAAGAAACACAAGGGGCGAGGCCUGUGCCAGGAGGCGAGCCGCGGAGGGCAGGACAAGUCGUUCUCCCGGGGAUGGAGUCGCGAUCAGGCACCGCACCCCGCCGAGCCCAUGAUGCGCCAGCGCAGCGCCACCACGUCCGGCUCCCCCGGCGCCGAGAAGGCUCGCGGCAUCGUGCGGCAAAAAACCGUGGACUACCCAGACCCCCCGCAGCAGGGCCAGCCGCUGCGGGUUCGCCACCACUCGCAGAACGAGGGCGGCCAGGCCGACGGAUUCCGCGGUGAGCCCGAGGAUGCGGCGGGAGUGGCGUCGUCGGCGAUGCCGUCGGCGGCGUCGGCGGUUCUUCCGCGCAGCAGCAGCGCAUCCGACAUCAUGGAGCAGUUCAUCUCGGAGAGGGCCAAAGUGAUGAAGGAAGAUGGCAUGGCCCAGCUGCGGACGUUCCUCUCCGACGCGCCUUCCACCAGCGGCGACAUCAGCGACAUGAUGGACGAAUUCAUUGCCGAACGCCUCCGGAGCGCCAGCGCGGUGAGCUCCAGUGACGUCGCCAUGACGUCGUCGUCGCACGUGCAGAGGCGGCGAUCCUCGAACCACGCGAGUGGCAGCCCCGGCAGCGCCGAGGGCCCUUCCGAAGGCCCCGAGCUCCACUCGCGCCGCUCCGGGGAUCACGAGUCACCCUUCGAGUGGCCCUCCCCCCCGUGCCGGCCCAGUAGCCACGCCAGCCAGGAUAGCCAGCACGAGCCCUUCAGUGCCUUCCAGCCGCACGAGGGCAUGAAAACCAAAGAUUUUGUCGUGUUUGAGUGGCCGGACCCCAAACUGGAUGAGCCCUGGAGCCCGUCGGAGUUGACGGAGAGUUUCCACAGGGGGUACAGCUUCAGCAGCGAAGCGUCGACGAGCACGGGCUACAGCCUGAGCGAGGUGGAGGCGGCGCACGCAGCGGCGGCGGCGCACGCGGCGGGCGAGGAGGAGCACGAGGUGGUGAGCCUCACCACGAUGCACAUCGACUCGGAGACGAGCAGCCUGAGCCAGCAGCCCGUGUCCGCCGAGACCGUCACCAUGACCGGUUCGGAGGAAGGCGGCUCUCCCAUCCACUCUGGCUCUAGCACGCGCGCGCACACUCCAUCUCCGUGCGUGUCGGCCCCUGAGCACCGCGAGGCCCGGGAGCUUCCCCUGCAUGCCGAUGACAACAAGCUGCACUACACAGGGCUGCAGACGCCCGACGAUCUAGAGGGCAGCGAGUUCCUGGCAGAGGACAGCAGCGUGAUGUCGGGCGGCACGCUCAUGGGCUGGCACCCCGACGUGGCCACGGUCCUGUGGCGCCGCGUCCUGGGCAUCCUGGGCGACGUCAACAGCAUCAAGGACCCCGACAUCCACGCGCAAGUCCUCGACUACCUCUGCGAGCUCUGGCAGAACCUGGCCAAGAUGAGAGACAACCUGGGCAUCAGCCUUGACAACCAGCGGUCACCGCCGCCGCCCGAGCUCAUCCCCCCUCUCCGCAUGUUCACGCCGUGGCUAUUCAGGGCGACGGCCCUGCCCGAGCGCUACAAGCAGGGCAAGCUGCACGCGUACAAGCUGGUCUGCAAAGUCAUGACUCGGCAGCAGGACAUGCUGCCCAACAGCGACUUCCUCGUGCACUUCUACUCCAUCAUGCACCAGGGCCUGCUCAGCCCUGACCUGGACACAGUGUCCACCAUCAUCCGGUUCUGCUCGCCGCGGAUCUUCUCCCUGGGCCUGCCGGGCUGCACCCUGCUGCUCUGGGACUUCAUCGUCGCCGCCAGCAAAGUCGCCACAUGCGGGGUCGUGCAUGCUCCCCGGACAGAAGCGCAGAUGCUGCUCGGCUCCAUGCUGUGCUUCCCGAACCUCUACAAGGAGGUGUUGGUGUUGCAGCCCGUUGCCACUGACACAGCUCUCAUCCCAUGCAAGGACCUGAAGGAGCACAUCAUUAAAUCCCUGCUGAAGUCUGCGAAGGAGGAGCCUUCCGUGUCUGCAAGGUGUAUAGCGCUGUGCAACGUGGGGAUUUGGAUGUGCGAGGAACUGGCCCAUGCGACGAAGCACUCCCUUAUCAAAGAAGCGUUAAAUGUUAUCGGUGCAACGUUGAAGUUCCCCCACAAGCACGUGGCCCAGGUGGCAUGCGACCUCCUGCACCUGCUGGUGUCGUACGUCGACAAGCUGAUAGAAUAUCACGUGGACAUGCCAAAGAAAAUCAUCGGGAUUUUGGUGGCGACGAUGGUUUACCUGUUACCUGCAGCGGAGCACUCGCAACAAGAGCAAGAAAAGAGGCUAAUGGUGUCGCUGCUGCUGUGCCUACUCGACUGGUGCAUGGUGCUGCCUGUGGACACGCUGCUGCAGUCGCUGAUCCCCGCCGGCGCUUCCAAGCCCCACUCCGUGUCGCUGCUCAGCAGCAUUUACAAGGUCCUCUACAGCUGCGUGUACGGCUACCAUUUCUUCAACAACCCCAGGUACUGCCCCCUCACCCUGAAGGACCUCAUCAGUGUCGACUACAAUCCCACACUGCCCCUGGACGAAAUCAAAGACCCCGAGCUACUCUAUCCACAGUCGGACAGGUCCAGCAAGCUCCUGACGGUGUCCGAUGGAGCUGCUCGUAUCCAGCGCGAGCUGAUCCCCCUGGCGGCGCGGACUGUCAUGGUCCACCUCGUCAACCACCUGGGCCACUACCCGCUGAGCUGCGGGCCAGCGCUGCUCGCCAGCCUGGUGCGCGAGCACCACGAGAACCCGCACGCCAGCGCCGCCGAGCUGUCUGCCGACCUCUUCGAGAACCCGAACCUGCAGUUCUUUGUGUUCAACAAGAGCACGCUGCUCUCCUGCCUGCAGAUCCCUGCCGAGAGGGACGUCCCCGGCGGCGGGGUUGCCGCCGGCCUGGCCUCGUCCGCCGCGUCCAACGUCCGCGUCGUGGUGCGCGACGUCUCGGGGAAGUACUCGUGGGACGCGGCGAUUUUGUACGGCCCCGCGCACUGCUGCCCGCAGCAGGAGCAGGAACAGCAGCGGCAGCAGAAGCAGCAGCAGGGACGUAGGCCGGCCGCGUCGGUGGGCAGCGCUUCGCUGGAUCACGCGGACGUCGACUCGGCCGGCUCGGAGGAAGCGGCCGAGCCAGCGAAGGGGGGGGCUGCGGCGUCGUCAUCAUCGUCCGUCAUGCAGGAGGGAGACUGCGCCGAGUCGCUGCCGGUGCCGUCUUGGGAGACGCUGGGGCGCGACCAGGACGCUCUGGACGAGACGCUGCGCUUCCUUGGCUCCACCAGCCCCGAGUGCCUGCAGCGGCCCGGCGCACCGCUCAACGUGCCCGCCGCGCCGCCGCAGUGCUCGUCGGAGAAGCUGGAGGGCGAGGUGCGCCGGGCGGUGCGUGCCCAGUGGCUGGAGGAGGGGAGGCACGCGCGCGCCCACUCGGGCGACGCGUGCAUGCGCGCCGUGCCCGAGUGCGAGCCCGGCGCUCGCGAGCCGCAGUCGGCGUUCCACUACUGCCGGCUCUUCCUCAGCAGCCUGGGCAUGCACUCGUGGGACCGCAGGCCGAGCUUCGAUUUGCUGAAAAAGAACGAGAAGCUAUUGCGGGAGCUGAAAAACCUCGACUCGCGACAAUGCCGAGAGACGCACAAGAUCGCCGUGCUGUACGUGGCGGAGGGUCAAGAGGACAAGCUCUCCAUCCUCUCCAACCAGGGGGGCAGCCGGGCCUACGAGGAUUUUGUAGCCGGCCUUGGCUGGGAGGUGGAUCUCACCACGCACUGCGGCUUCAUGGGCGGCCUGCAGCACAACAGGAGCAACGGCUUCUCCACCCCGUACUACGCCACCUCCACCAUGGAGGUGAUCUUCCACGUGUCCACCCGCAUGCCGUCCGAGUCCGAUGACUCUGUGACCAAGAAGCUGCGCCACAUCGGAAACGACGAGGUGCACAUCGUCUGGUCGGAGCACAGCCGAGAUUACCGAAGGGGCAUCAUCCCGACGGAGUUUGGCGACGUCCUCAUUGUCAUCACGCCGACCAAGAACCAGCUGUUCAGCAUCCAGAUCAUCAAGAAGCCGGAGGCGCCAUUCUUCGGGCCCUUGUUUGACGGCGCCAUCGUGGACGGGAAGAUCCUGCCGGUGCUGGUGCGAGCGACGGCCCUCAACGCCAGCCGCGCCCUCAAGACUCUCAUCCCGCUCUACCAAAGCUUCUACGAAGAGCGAGCCCGGUACCUGGACUCGAUCGUGCAGCACCACCGCGACCAGACGUGCUUCGAGGACUUUGCCUUCCAGCUCGUGUGUCCGGCUCCGUCGCGGCCCCUGCCAACUGAGCAUGAAUCGCCGCCGCAAGCGGAAGGCCCAAGCGCGACCGCAGCGACCGUAGCGGACUCCGUGUCUCCUCUGUCGGCACGCUCCGCCCGAAGCCGCGUCUCGGUCAAGCUCCGUCGAGCGUCCGGCUCCUCCAACAAGGCAACGUAGUGGGAGGGUUCGAUGGGGGAGGAAGGGGGGGGGCGAAGGAGGGGGUGGACGACUGCCCCCCCCCCGCCCCCCACCGCGAUGAUCUCCUUGGCACAACUCUGAAGCUGCCACACCUCCUUUCUCCCUACCUAUGCACUCCGCACACCCGACAACUCUCCUCGCUUGCCGAACGCCACCACCCACGACCACCCCCGGUGCCCGAGUCGUGCGUACGAGAAGGGGCAACCUGCUGGCACUCGGUUCACCUCCCCCCCCCCCUUCAAACCCCCAACCCCGCAGGACUGCAGGUCACAAACACUGUCCGCCGACCGAUGCCAGGGGGCAGGCGGGGCGACGAAGUUUCCGUUAGCGGGCGUUGUAACCGAAGGUGGCUGUGCGCCCACUCUGUCGGCCCGCAAGGCGCGAGCGACGUCGGGUGUGUAUAGGCGGGUACUAUACGGUACGGUUCGUGCCGCGCACGUACCCACGCGUGUACCCAAGCGCUCGCUGCGCGGUCGCCGGAAGUAGGCGCCUCUCGGUACGCUUGCGAGAGACGCAGGUUAACUUAUUGUUUAGCGGAACCGUACGACGUCUGCCUCAAAGAUAUCAUGUCAAAGAUGAGAUCAAAGUCGUGGACGAAUGGACGGGCUCGCACUGCCCACGUUGAGAUUGGAAUUACGCGAGCAGCAGGAGGAGGACGGGCGGCAUGCUUGCGCAUCACCUAUGGCCAUAGCGCGACAGACUCGCUUUGCAGACUCGAACGUUAGGAGACUAAAAUCAAAUACUUGCCGAAUACUGUACGUAGGUCUGCGUAAACGAAUUUUUUUUUUGAUCGUGGCACGCUUAUUUUUUGUUCUCCGUCUGGUUGUAAAUGUCUAUCCAGCACGUUUGUUUGACCGUGCUCUUAAAGACAAAGAAUAACGGUACAGGUUUUGUUGUUUGUUUGUUUAAAACGGACGAUCCGGUACUUUGUUUUGUGUGUGUAUGUAUGUAUGGUGCAAAGGUGUAUCAACCUGUGCGUCAUUGUUCUCAAGAUGCAAUAUUUAUGUCAACUUGAUUGAGUUCCAGGAGUUGCGCGUGUCUCUCUGUGCAGGAAUCUAAAGCUGUCUGUAUAAGGCAUGAAGUAGUUACAGAAUUCCGCUGUAUGAUGUACUGUAUUUUAUAAUGUGUAUUAUAUAUAUAACAAAAAAUAUGAAGAUAUGUUAGCCCAACAACUGUACCAUUUCUUCGUUAUGUAUUUUUAUGUUAUGUUUUUAUGUUUUUUUUUCUUAUAUAAAUAACUGGCCUUGUAAGCAGCACAAAAAUAUUCACUGUUUUCUUUUUUCACCGCAAAACAAAUCAUUAUUAUUGUUGUUGUUGUUCCAAAGUUCCUCAGCGGCUAACACAACGCGGCUGCUGCGUGUUUGCAGUACGGCGGUACAAAUGUUCACGUUUCGCCCAAAAGCUUUCAUUAUUAUUUAAAAAAGAUAUAUAUAUAAUUGAAUAAAAAGUGGAUAAUUUCUACAACAAUACCAUUUCAUAAAUUCGUGACGAUGGGCAAAUCAUGCUGGCUUGUUAUGUUUUUGCAUCGAUUUCUCCGUGUCCGUUUAUUAAAACUUGCACUUGAACAGUUUUGUAAACGUUUUAGUAACUUUUGCCCGACUCCUUUAAAUUUGAAUGAUAACAAUAAUGCAUUGUCCCUCUUGUCUGUACACAAUUUAAGUCGGACAAAACUACAACCCCCGCGCUUGCCACGGAAGGUACUGACGGAGCGUGGUUCGCCGAUGAGCUAAGGAACGGUCGGUCGAUCGAUCUGCCUGCGUCGUCACCGUACUUGUCGGGUGUGCAGGCGGUGCGACUGCGCCGAAACCGCACGCCCCCCCCACCCCCUCUGCCGCCGCGCCCAACGCGUUGAGCGAUGCGUCGCUGGCAACACGGCCUACGCACGUGACGCCGGUAAAAACCCGAUGCUUGCCAGGUCCCUCCACUGUGCGCGCGAUGUCACCGCGCCCCGAAUCACUGAAUAUAUUUGCACUUAAACUGAUCGCACCGUUAAUAAUUGGCGGCCGAGCCUUAACGUGACAACACUCGUUGUUGGGUGGACUUUUUUUUCUUUCUCUAAAAGGAAAUGCACUGGUGGGUGUGUGUGCGCUACACAAGAUUCGUGACUCUCAUGGUGUGUGACACUCUCACCGGGAUUAUGUUUUUUGGCACCUGGGUAAAAAGGCUCUUGAGUUGUCAAAUGUUCACCAGUUAUCGGGGGUUCACGGUUCUUCUGGUCGCCGUCGUUGUUUUUCUAAGUUGUGUAGCGGAUAAAUUUGCCCAUUAUUCUGACAUGGCAUGAUGAUAUACAGUGACUGCAUGUGUAAAUAUCCUGACCAUUACUACUGAACCCACUCGAGCAUUUAUUAAGGGAUGGCUUGUAUUUUGUAAUCAUAAUUAAUAUGGGGGUGAUGCCCUCUAAUAAAAAUGUUAAAACGUUUCAA